GGCCCAAAACUAUAGAACUAGAGAAUCCAGCAACACCAAUUUUCUCCCUCCUCCCACAGCCCCCACUCCACUGACUCUACAGCUCCCCCCUUUGCCCAAAAUUUCCGCCCUCAAUUUGGCGCUUCUUCUUCUUCUUCGUCUUCUUCCUCCCACUCCUCCAAAUUCCGACUCUCUCCUGAAUUUGCAAGUCAUGAAACGAAUAUUCGACGAAAUUUCUGACGAAGAAUGGGAAAACCACGACUUCAAACCCUCGAAAGUACUCAGUUCUUCCAAACCUCCAAUUGAAUCCUUCGCUUUCAGCACUCGAUCAACUCCGAUCGACCUCACCGACGAUGGAGACGAAGAUUACCAGCCUCCGCCGGAAGAUGACGCCAAUUUGGAGGACAUUGAUGACGAUUUGGAGGACCUUGAUGACGAUUUGGAGGACCACGACGCCGACAUUGGCACCAGCCGCGGUUUCAGCCGUGGACGGAGGUUUGUGGUUGACGACGACGAAGAUGACGAAGAGGAAGAAGGUAACGAUGCUGAUUUGCAGGAAGUGGUGGAAGUGAAAUCCGACGAUGAAGAAGAGGAAGAAAUGGCGUUGUUGUCUGAUACGGACGACGACGAAGAUGAAGAGGAAAAUUGGGAGAAGGAAGAGGAGGACGUGGUGGGGAAAGCGUUGCAGAAGUGUGCUAAGAUUUCUGCUGACCUCCGGAAAGAGUUGUAUGGUUCUUCCAAGGUUGAAUGUGAAAGUUAUGAUGUAGUUGAUCCUUCUGCUGCCAAGAUAGUCAAUCAGGAAAUUAUCAAUGCAGCGUGUGGAGCAGAGAAUUCAGAUUUUCAGCCACUUCUCAAACCAUACCAGCUUGUUGGGGUCAACUUUCUUUUGUUGCUGCAUCGGAAGAAGAUAGCUGGAGCUAUAUUGGCUGAUGAGAUGGGCUUGGGAAAGACUGUUCAGGCAAUAACAUAUUUGAUGCUGUUGAACCACUUGCAAAACGAUCCGGGCCCUCAUUUAGUUGUUUGUCCGGCUUCUGUCUUGGAGAAUUGGGAAAGAGAGCUUGCAAAGUGGUGUCCAUCGUUUUCUGUGUUACAAUUCCAUGGAGCUGGUAGAGCGGCAUAUGCUAAAGAGCUAAGCUCAUUGGCCAAGGAUGGAUCACGACCUCCAUUUAAUGUGAUCCUUGUCUGUUACUCACUUUUCGAACGACACAGCGCACAACAGAAAGAUGAUCGUAAAAUUCUGAAGCGGUGGAGAUGGAGCUGUGUGUUGAUGGAUGAGGCCCAUGCGUUAAAAGAUAAAAACAGCUACAGAUGGAAGAAUUUGAUGUCAGUUGCAAAAAAUGCAAACCAACGCUUGAUGCUUACUGGAACUCCACUACAAAAUGAUUUACAUGAGUUGUGGUCGCUAUUGGAGUUCAUGCUGCCGGAUUUGUUUGCUACAGAAAACGUUGAUUUGAAAAAGCUACUAAGUGCUGAUGAUUAUGAUCUGAUUGCUCGAAUGAAGUCUAUAUUAGGUCCAUUUAUCUUGAGGCGCUUGAAAUCCGACGUAAUGCAGCAGCUUGUACCUAAAGAACAACGUGUUGAAUUCGUAUGCAUGGAUAGAGAACAUGAUGAUGCUUAUAAAGAAGCCGUUCAAGAGUAUCGUACAGUGUCUCAAGCUCGUAUGCCUAAGAGCUCUGGCCUUAAUUCUAAUAAUGUUGUACAAGUUCUUCCUCGCCGUCAGAUUUCAAAUUACUUUGUGCAGUUUCGCAAGAUUGCAAAUCAUCCUUUGCUAGUGAGGCGUAUCUACAACAAUGAGGAUAUUGUUCGGUUUGCCAAGAAGUUGUAUCCAAAGGGCGUGUUCGGUCAUGAAUGUACACUGGACAGAGUGAUAGAUGAAAUGAAGACUUACAGUGACUUCUCUAUUCAUCGGCUUCUAGAUAACUAUGGUAUUGAGGAUGUGAAGGGAGUCCUUCCAGACAAACAGGUUAUAAAGUCUGCGAAAUGCCAGGCAUUGGCUAAACUUCUUCCUUCCCUAAAACGAGAUGGUCACCGUGUACUCAUAUUUAGCCAGUGGACGUCAAUGCUUGAUAUCUUAGAGUGGGCGUUGGAUGUGAUCGGGGUAACAUACAGACGUCUUGACGGAAGUACGCAGGUGACAGAGAGACAAACCAUAGUGGAUACUUUUAAUAAUAAUACUUCAAUAUUUGCAUGCUUGCUCUCCACAAGAGCUGGAGGUCAAGGUUUGAACCUCACUGGAGCAGAUACUGUUAUCAUACACGAUAUGGAUUUCAAUCCUCAAAUUGACAGACAAGCGGAGGAUCGCUGUCAUCGUAUUGGCCAGACAAAACCCGUUACCAUUUACAGAUUGGUGACAAAAGGUACUGUAGAUGAGGAUGUUUAUAAGAUUGCAAAACGGAAGUUAGUUUUGGAUGCUGCUGUUUUGGAAUCUGGGAAAGUGAUGGUGGAUAAUGGUAUGCCUGAGAAGACUAUGGGCGAGAUAUUGUCAGCAUUGUUGGAAGGUUAAAUUAUAUUCCAUUCCUUUUUAGAUUUUUAAAAUGCCGGUCCUGGGUAAUUGGUAUAUGUAUGGGUAUGGCCUUGGGUAGAAUCAGCAGUUAAUGUUAUUGUUAAAAGUGUUUUUGAAUCUGUAAAUGUACUGUUGUUGUAUAAAACGGCUAAUUCAGUGAAGUUCAUUUACACUAGUUGUAAAAGCAUAUGUUACCCUUGUGAGAAGGGUAUUCUAAUAUUUGUAUUACCCCGCGUUAAUAGAAAGGGUGUAAGUAUAUAUCCAUAAAUAA